AUGAACCCGGAGUCUUCGGCCGUGCCUCGGCCUUACAGCUCCUUUAGCAACCUCCAGAAGAAAUACAUCGUCUUCACAGCGGCCGGGGCUGGUUUUUUUUCCUCUUUGUCGGCCCAGAUUUACUUCCCGGCCUUGAAUGCGUUGGCUCAGGAUCUGGGUGUGUCAUCGUCCUUGAUCAACCUGACAGUCACCAGUUACAUGAUCUUCCAAGGAAUUGCGCCCAUGUUUCUCGGCAGCUUUGCAGACCAAACUGGCCGUCGACCCGCCUACAUCAUCUGCUUCGUCAUUUAUAUCGCGUCAAACAUUGGACUCGCAUUGCAGGAGAAUUACCCCGCCCUGAUUGUGCUGCGAUGUCUACAAAGUUCCGGAAUCAGCAGUAGUGUGGCGCUGUCUGCGGCGACCGUUGCCGAUGUCAGCACCAAAGAGGAGCGAGGAUCAUACAUGGGCAUUGUUAUGGCAGGAAACUUCUCGGGACCAGCCAUUGGCCCCAUCAUUGGUGGUCUACUCGCCCAGUAUCUCGGCUGGAAGUCGAUUUUCUGGUUCCUGACCAUCGCAUCCGGUGUUUUCUUGGUGCCUCUCCUCUUGUUCCUUCCGGAGACCGCACGGAAUGUCGUCGGGGACGGUUCGUAUCCGGCACAGCCAUGGAACCAGCCCUUCGUUCACUACUUCUACCGUAACAACGCAUCCAAGCAGCCUUCCUCUCCCGCGGAGAGUCUCAACCAGUCCGACAGCAGCGACUUGCCAGAAAAGCCACAGCACAAGCUCCGAUUCCCUAACCCGCUGAAACCGCUUGUGAUCGUGUUCCAUCCAAACUCGAUCAUCGUCCUUUUGGUCACGGGAGUCAUCAUGGGUGGCAAUAUGACCGUUCUCUCGUCCAUCACGGAGAUGUAUACCACGGAGUACAACCUAAGCAUCCUCCAAAUCGGCCUCUGCUACAUCACGCUAGGCACCGGGUCCAUCCUAGCCUCCGUAGUGACAGGCCGUCUCCUGGACUGGAACUACCGGCGCAGCGCCGCCAAACGCGCCGGCCCAGACGCCACCCCCGAACAAAUACAGUCCCAAAAAGAGUCGGUCCCUGUCGAGAAAGCCCGCAGCGCCAUCACCAUCCCACUAGUCAUCAUGGGCAGUCUGACUGUGCUGGCAUUUGGCUGGGUGGUCAACUACGGGGUGCACCUCGCGGCGCCCGAGGUGCUCCUGUUCUUCAUCGGCAUGGGCCAGACUGGUGGCUUCAUUUCCACCUCCACGCUGCUUGUCGAUUUGCAUACGUCUCACCCGGCUGCUGCGACUGCCGCGAAUAAUAUGGUGCGGUCUUUCUUUUCGGCCGCGGCAUCGGCGGCCAUUGAUCCCAUGCUGAACGCCAUGGGUCGGGGAUGGGCCUUCACGCUGGUGGCGUUCAUUUUACUAGGGACGAUCCCGUUCCUUUUAUUGCUUUGUGGAAUGGGGAGUCGAAAGGAAAAGAACAAUGCUGCCGGGCGAUCGAAUGAUUGA